ACCUGGCUGAACUGGUGGACCCCGCUGGCCUGAUCCUGGAUCAGAGUGGUCUACUCUGUCCCCUGGGGGUUCAGACGCUCUGCUCAACUUCGUCAAGGCCCAGUACAAAAACCCGAUGAUCUACGUGACAGAGAACGGGGUGUCGGAGAAGAUCACGUGCACUGAGCUCUGUGAUGACUGGAGAAUACAGUACUACAAGGACUAUACCAACGAGAUGCUUAAAGCCAUCAAAGACGGAGUGAACGUGCGCGGCUACACCGCCUGGUCUCUGCUGGACAAGUUUGAGUGGGACGAGGGCUACUCCGAGAGGUUUGGCCUAUACUACGUAGACUUCAGGAACAAGAAUAAACCACGUUACCCAAAAGCCUCGGUUCAGUACUACAAACGCAUCAUCAGCUCCAACGGAUUCCCCAACCAGAGAGAGGUGAGAGCACGGAUCAUUACCACCCAGUGUCUAUAUACUAGCUCCUCAUUUCAGUUAGAUCUUUAAUACAAUCAUAUAAUACACACAUUACAACAGGUUGAUAUUAAAUAUAAAAACAUGGAAAUGUACAUAGUUCUCCUGGUAGAAAUGGAUAUACGUUGCAAAUAGAGCAUUCCAUA